UUUCUUUAAACCCACGAAGUAAUGUUUGGUCACAUUUCCUUUCAGGAUGUCUCCACCCGAUGAGUGCUCAGAACGUCUUACUGAAAGAACUACUUGAUAACUAUGGAUACCCAUCUACUCGCCCGGUCUAUGACAUGUAUGAGACUACUACGGUUCAGUUUCAGCUACUCCUUGCACAAGUUAUAGAAUUGAGCGAGCGCCACCAAACAAUUGAAAUAUCAGCCUGGUUGUCACAGAGUUGGACGGACGAGUUCAUGCAAUGGGAUCCUACAGAACACAAUGACGUGGAUUAUUUAUACGUGCACAGAUCACAAAUUUGGCUCCCCGAUACUACACUGUAUAAAGGUGUGCAUAGAGACUUCGAAAGCUAUAAAGACAUUCCAGUUCUCGUCUAUAGUGAUGGAUUUGUUUAUUGGAGCACACCGGCAAUCCUGAAAAGCUCCUGCCGUAUCGAUGCACGCCUCUUCCCCUUCGAUACCCAGGUCUGCACACUAAAGUUCACCUCGUGGGUUUACAGUGCUACGGAAAUGAACUUCACCAAAAUGAAGAACCAUGCUAAUCAGACUUUCUACUCAGACAUCGGGGUAUGGGAGCUUCUAAAAGUUACAAUCACCGCGAAGGAUUCCACAAUCGGUGGUCUUAGCUUCCCGGAGUUAUCGUACUCCAUUCAUCUACGUAGAAGGCCGCUGUUUUACUUGCUUGAGAUCGUCUUGCCAUGUGUGCUGUUGUCUCUUCUGAAUCUCAUGGUGUUUGUCUUGCCCCCUGAGUCGGGGGAGAAGAUAUCACUGGGUAUGACAAACUUAUUGUCGUUGGUUCUGUUCCAGCAACUCAUCAGUAAUUCGGUGCCGCCCACAUCGGACAACACACCAAUCAUUGGAUACUAUUUUACUCCAAUGAUUGCCCUGUCGUGUUUCUCCAUUGUGUGCACCGUGACAGUUCUGAAUUUGUAUUAUCGCGACAACAGGCGCCCCAUACCCCGUUGGAUGAAGUGGCUUGUACUCAAAGUUAUUUCUAAGUUGGUGCGGUACCAAGCUUGGGAGAAAACUCCAGAGCAACCCCAAAACACGGGGAAACGUGAUGGGAGUUUCAGCAAUCCUGAUACCGUUAGUCUCGGGGAAACAAAUCCCGGAAAUUUGACCGGCACUGACACAGAGUUAACGCCGUCAAGAGUGAGUUAUUGCCGGGUGGCUGGUUGGGGAGAAAACCGCCUUGUCCAAUCGGAAACCAUCAAUACAUCCCAGGGUAGUCUCUACGCAUCCGUGACCCGAUCGAAGAUCGUCAACGCACCCGUGGCAAGAGCUAAAGCUAAAUUGCAACCAAGUGCAGAGGUGGAGUCCAUGCAGGAUCGACGGCAUCAGAGUGGUGACUUGCCAAGUAGUCAGAAUGUUUUACUGUGGCGGGAUGUUGCUUUGGUGAUUGAUCGUGCAGCUUUAAUGCUAUGUGCAUUGGUCACCGUCAUCGCUAUGGUUAUCACUAUUGUAUGUUUUAUCAUUCGAGUUAAUGGUUAUAAUCUGGAGACACUUUAA